AUGUCAGUGAUAAUUGUCCCUGCAUCAGCUUACCCUGAUACCAUGAGCUCCAAAGCAGAUGAAUCCAAGGAAGUGGCCACAGAUGUGUUUGAUUCCAAAAACCUGGCUGUUCAGGCACAAAAGAAGAUCUUGGGUAAAAUGGUGUCCAAAUCUAUUGCCACCACCUUAAUAGAUGACACGAGCCGCGAGAUUUUGGAUGAACUCUACAGAGUGUCCAAAGAGUACACCCAAAACAAGAAGGAGGCAGAAAAAAUCAUUAAAGACCUCAUCAAAACUGUCAUCAAGCUGGCCAUUCUUUACAAGAACAAUCAAUUUAAUCAAGAUGAGCUGACACUCAUGGAGAAAUUUAAGGAGAAAGUUCAUCAGCUUGCUAUGACCAUGGUCAGCUUCCACCAAGUGGAUUACACUUUUGACCGGAAUAUGUUAUCCAGGCUGCUAAAUGAAUGCAGAGAGAUGCUUCACCAAAUCAUUCAGCGUCACCUCACCACAAAGUCACAUGGACGGGUUAAUAAUGUCUUCGAUCAUUUUUCAGAUUGUGAGUUUUUGGUUGCCUUGUAUAAUCCCUUUGGAAAAUUCAAACCCCACUUACAAAAACUUUGUGAUGGCAUCAACAAAAUGUUGGAUGAAGAGAACAUAUGA